UUUGCAAAAGAGGUUUGGCAAAAUUGUAGCAAAGAAUUUGCAUUCACACCUACUCAAAUCAAGGAAAAAAGCUGCAUUGAAAAAGAAAGGACCCGUCUAUUUCUGGCGGAGCAGUGCUCUAACCAAACCGACACCUUUAAAAAUGCGUCGCCGUGCCGGUCUAGGUGCCAUUCAACAACAGCAGUUAGCUGCUGAGAAGUAUAAGGAUAAAUUUACAGAUUUGCAGGAAUCACAGUUUGAGCAAAUGUCCAAACAGAUGGACGUAUUUCGUACAAAGUUAGAAGAAUUCGCGGUGAAACAUAAGCAGGAUAUCCGCAAAAACUCGCAGUUUCGUAAACAAUUUCAGGAAAUGUGUGCGGCGAUCGGAGUUGAUCCCCUUGCUACCGGCAAGGGCUUCUGGAGUGUCCUCGGAAUAGGUGAUUUCUAUUACGAAUUGGGGGUACAAGUUGUUGAAGUGUGCUUGGCGUCAAAUCAUAAAACAGGUGGUCUAAUGGAAUUGAAUGAGUUACGUGGACGCCUGAUAGCUGCUCGUGGGCAGAGUGUAGUUCACCAAGAAAUAACAAAUGAAGACAUUUUAAUGGCCGCAAAAAAGUUAACCAUUUUUGGGAACGGCUUUGUUGUGCAUAAAGUGGGUAAAGGAAAAUACAUGGUGCAAUCGAUACCAGGAGAGCUUAGUAUGGAAGAAACUAAAAUACUAACCGCGGCUUCCAAUACAGAAUUGGGAUGCGUAACACUGCAAAUGCUUACAGAGCAACUUGGAUGGAGUGAAUUUCGCACCAAACAAGCGAUUGAUAAAACCGUAAGUGAAGGUUUGUGUUGGAUUGACAAGCAGGAUGGCGAACAUAUCUACUGGUUUCCAAGCUUAUUUCCUGGUCGAUAUGCACAAAGCGUUUGAUUAACGAGGUGCCAUCCUGUAUAAAAUAUAAAUAUAUACAUAUAUACAUAUAAUUAUAAAAUAAAUUUACGUGUCUAUUCUAUUUAAUACACACAUACAUACAUAUGUACAUAGUUACGCGGAAAAUAUAUGGUAUUAUUUAAAACAAUA